AUGUCCCAAUGGAACUGGACCGUUUUGUAUGAACAGUGUAAAUAUGUAAAUAACAUGAUCGAAAGCAAUAACAGACAAGCCGAUUUAAAUAACUUACGUAGUCCUGGGGCAUCAUAUCAUCAUAAGGAAGAUCGGAGUGUGGCGAACAUGCUCGCCGAACACGUUCGAGUGGUAUGCAUAGUUCUAACUCACCCGAAGAACCAUGAACUCAAGGCGAAACACGUUAAGGCUACGUGGGGGAAACAUUGUAAUAUUUUAAUGUUCGCAAGUACAGGAAAAAGCCAUUCGCUUCCGACCGUCGAGCUACCCGUUCAAGAAGGCAAACAUUAUCUAUGGGGUAAGAUAAAGGCAGCCUUCAAGUACGCGUACGACAAUUAUGCUUCUAAGGCUGAUUGGUUCCUUAAAACCAAUGACGACACCUACGUCGUAAUGGAAAAUCUACGGUAUAUGCUAGCAGAUUACGAUAAAGCAAUGCCAUUAUACUUUGGAUGUCGUUUUGAGCAGUUUGCUAGACAGGGUUACAUGAGCGGCGAAGCUGGUUACGUGUUAAGCCGAGAGGCUAUGCAUCGGUUCGUAACGAUAGGUUUGGAGUCACCACCGCUCUGUCUCCAAUCUGACAAGGCUGCUGACGAUGUUGAAAUGGGCAUAUGCCUGGAGAAUCUAGGCGUAAAGGCUAUGGACACACGAGACGAGUAUACGCGCGAUAGAUUCUUUCCAGUGAGCCCUACAGAACACCUCUUCGCGAGUAAUCAACAGGGUUUCCGUUGUUGCUCAGACUACGCAAUAUCCUUCCAUUCCGUAAAGCCUGAAGAAAUGUACUUGAUGGAAUAUCUUAUAUACCAUCUCCGACCUUACGGGAGAACCAUCGGCGAAGAUACGCAUACAAAAUUCGAAUUAUAUCACAGGAAUACUGAUUCACCUCAAAAUAGUAUUGCAAUAAGAAGAAAGGUUAUUAAGAAUAGUCCGCAGCAAAAACUUGAUACAGACAAAUAUAAACUUCCUGACCCUGAGCCAAGGAAGUUAGUUGAGGACACUGAUAUGCUUCAAUAUUCAUAA